GACUUUUCUUUUCCUUUCGCCUUUUAUUACUUUCGUUUUUGACCGCGGCGCAUUUUCACCUUAAAACAGCUUUCAAAGUUUCUGUAUCCGUUAAAUGCUUUUAAAUAGCAAGAGCAGAAUCGUUGUUGUUGUUGUUGUUGUUGUUGUUGUUGUUUUCGUGUAGUUUUUUUUUAAUUUACUGGCGAUGUCUUGGUCGAAGACUCUCUUAUUUUUCAUCGUCGUCAUCGUGUCAGGAAGUAUAACGCCAUCCAGCUCAGAUGGACCACUCUACAAGCAAGUGGGUGACACAGCUGUCCUCUCACCGGGUGUUGUGACGAACCCCAUCACCAACAUAUUCUGGAAACAUGGAUCCAGCAUCGCCGUGGAGUGGACCAGUAACAACAUUGAAUCCUACGGGCAAUUCAGAGGACGUGGCUCUGUGAAUAGUUUAAGUGGAGAGCUGACGAUCACAGGACUGACUAAAGAAGACAGCGGCAGCUACACAUCAGAGAUCAACUUCAGUGUCACCAGCGAGAUUGAACUUCAGGUCAUCGCUCCCGUGUCUACACCCAAUGUCUCAACACGGUGUGACAAAGAGAAGACCCACUGUGUUUUCACCUGUGAAGGCGGCACCUCAGAGGCUGAACCCAUCACAUAUACGUGGAAAUCAGGUGACAUGCACUGGGAUGGAACCAAGGAGCACAGUAUAACCAAGACAGAGAAGGAGCCUUGGUUCAGCUGUACACUGCACAACCCCAUCAGCAACAAAAGCAGUGAAGAAGUCGAAAACCCCUUCAUCUCCAGUGACUGGAACCUGUUAUACCUCUGGUUCAUACCAGCAGUAGUAUUACUACUGAUGAUUGCAUGUAUCAUCUUCUUUGUCAUGCGCAAACGCAGAAGAGGGAACUUACUAGUGAUGGGGAAUGGCCAGGUAUAUUCCAGCCAGGACCAUGGAAACCAGGACCUUCCAUUAGUUGCGUUCUCUAAUGCCAACAGUGUAACUGGGACAUCACAAAAGAUGGAGAAUGGCCAGGGAAUACCCAACCAGGACCAACCAGUGCAUAAUCAGGUGCCGGCUGACCCAGGAAACCAGGCUGCUUCACAUGAGCUGAACAAUGUAACUGAGACAACACCAAUGAUGCAGGAGAGCCAGGAAGCACCCAACCAGGUCCAGCUGGUGGACAAUCCAGCAGCAGCUCCACACGAUGACCAAGGAAUAACAACCCAGGAUCCAACAUUGGUUGUGUCCGACAAUGCCGACAAUGACAUGAAGACAACACCAAAGAUGGAGACGAGCCAGGAAGCACUCGACCAGGACCAGCUGGUCAAUAAUCAGGUACCAGCUGACCCAGGAAACCAGGCUGUGUCCCAUGAGCUGAACAAUGUAACUGAGACAACACCAAAGAUGCAGACGAGCCAGGAAGCACUCGACCAGGACCAGCUGGUGGACAGUCCAGCAGCAGCUCCACACGAUGAACAAGGAAUAACAACCCAGGAUCCAACACUGGUUGUGUCCGACUAUGCCAACAAUGACAUGAAAGAGUCAGCACUGUUGAUGUCAAGUGGCCAAGAACCAUCCAACCAGGACCCACCGGUGGAUAAUCAGGAAGCAGAGCCACAAGAGCAGGAGCAGAGCUGAUGUACUUUUGUGUCUGCUUACGUGAGUGUGCCGAAGGCCCUCAGGGGCUUCAUCACUGCUGUGUCUUCCGCCAUACAAAAGCUGUGAUAGGUGCUAACUGUACCAAAUGACUGCUGCAGUUUUUUUCAAGCAGAGUAAUGGGUAUUAUUAAUGAGAGUACUGAAUGUAAACCAGUGUUUUUAGGCUGCUGACCUGUGUUUGGUCUCUGUUUCUGUAUGAAUGUUAGGGCGUUCCUGUUUGGAGGUACAAAAUACACGAGGCUAACUCACCAGCUACUGACAUUUCACAUUUUGGAAAAGCAGGUUUAAAAUCUGUGGCAGUGCUUUUGUUUUUGUAAGAGACAUUUGGAAAGAGACAGACCAUGAAACAGAGAGAGUGAAGGACACACUGAGUGAAACACAAAUGAGAGGUUUCCCCCAAAGUUACUGUAUCAGAGCUCAGUUCAGCAACACACGACAAGAUUUUUAUACAGCUUCACAUCUCUGUUAUAAUACUGUGUAGUGCUUUUGAAUUUCUAAUAUCAAUACUACACAUGAGCAUUUGGUGGGAUGGUUUAUGCACAUCCUUGUUACUUCACUGAACUGGCUGUUGUAUAUUUUUAGUAUCAGGUUGUGCUGAAAGCAACAGUUUGAAUAUUAUAAUUAAUGGUGCAAAAUGAACUCUGAGAUGAGAUGCACUGAUCGAUGGCUACAAAGAUCAUUGUGGCAUUUAUUAAUUUAGGAUGGUUGUUACAACCAAGAUAUUUUUCAGUCAGAAUACUCUAUAUAUUUUUAUUUAUUAAUACUUGUCUUGCUCUGGUUCAAACUCAACAGCGUAUAAAACCAAGAAAGCUUCUAACAAGCCAAAAGGGAGAAACAUAAAAUGGACUUUCUCUCUACGUCAAGCAAGGCUACAAAUGCCAGUGGAUGAACAGCUAAUUCAUUUUUUUUUUUAAUUAGCGUGCUUCAUAAAAUUAUAGGCAUUUUGUUUUUUUAUUUUGCAUUUUGUUUUGUUUCUGUAUCUGCCAAUGCCCUGCCAUUCCCUAUCUGUCCAGCAGAGGUCCUCACACACUGUUAAUGAAGCAGCUGUGCCCACAUCAGUGCUCCCCUGUGUGAGCACAGACGACACAUUGAAACUAGAAGGAUGUUUGUACUGUUUAUUUGUAAGCAUACAAGAACUUUUUGCUGUCUGAGCUUUGAUUUGUUUUGAUGAAUUAGAUGUGACUGCACAUUCCUGUUUGAAAGGAUGCUGGACUUCGACAAACACUAAUGCUGUGUCUUAAAUUCAUACUAUGCACUGACUAUGUUUCCUUCAGGGACCACGAGUCCAGUGCAGUUUGGAAGAACACUGAUUUAGUUGCAAGGACAAUUCAGGUUGUUCAAAUGUAUCACAGCUGCAAUUAUAACACAACAAAAGCGACACCACACCCACAAUACAGGUGUCCCAUAGGUUACUGUCACAGUAUCACUCGGUACACUAUCAUAUAACAUCAGGACUGAAGCUGUUCUACAUGUUUGUACUGUGAAAUCACCUGUGACACUGUGAUACACUGUUCUGUGUAGCAGCUGGUUAGAGAAAUGAAUUAUAAAUUAUUUUUUAUUGUAUUUGCCUGGAUGUAUUAAUGUAUAUUUUGGAUAAAUAAGAUAUUAUAAUAAAUAGGUAAUAAAUUUCA